UUCUAUUUAGCUAUUCUUACAUGUUGAUGAUAUCAGUAAUUAGAUAUUUAAAUUAGUCUGGUAAAUAAUAUAUAUUUUCGUCAAGAGUCUCUAUUAUUCUAGAAGACUCCAUUGCAACUGCAGGUAAUACAUUUAAAAAUGAUCAUAUGUACUUCUCCAUCCUAAUGCUGUUAUUAAUAAUUAUUUGUAUUUUUGUUUGUACUAUUUUAUCAUUUGUCUAAUUGUUAUGUCACAGUUGUAAUAAUGUUGAAAUUUGUUUUUCCCUAGAUAUGUGUACAGAAGAUAAGUGUAACAGCAGUCAACAUUUGCAACUUGUCCAGUCAACAUCAGCAGGAUUGAAUUUAUCAAUGGCCAUAACCCAAAUCUUUAUAUGGCCACUCAUCUACAUCAACAUCCUGAUGCUUCUAACCUUCUCCAGAAAACAAGCCUUCAGGACUGAAACACGCUAUAUAUUGUUCGCCCACACCUUAUUUGUGGACUUAAUUUUUCUUACGCUGACAGAUAUUGUAGUAAUUCUCUCAUACACCUAUGUGCUGAUGCCUGUAGCAUUCUGUAUUCCAUUCUGUAUGCUCAUGGAGACACUUACAACAUGCACACCACUAACUAUCACUGCAAUGUGUGUGGAACGUUAUGUGGCCAUCUGCAUGCCACUGAGACAUAGUGCUAUCUCUACUGUCAGCAGGACCCUUACAGCUAUUUUUAUCAUUUGGAUCAUAGGCUCCCUUAAGUCAUUUGUGGAUAUGUUCAUCCUUGUCACAACUGCCUCAAAAGAAUAUCUGUCUCAGUUCACCUUCUGUCAUUAUGAAAUUAUGAUACCAGAAAACUGGCACCGCUUAAUGAGGGGUGCUUUAUAUAUUAUUAAUUUUAUAAUAGUUUUACUUGUUGAGCUAUUUUGCUAUGUAAUGAUUAUGAUCUCUGCCCGGGCAGCUUCUGUGGACAAGAAGUCAGCAGCCAAAGGUCUGCGCACCGUCUUAUUGCAUAUGCUUCAGCUUACACUGUGUACAACUGAAAUUAUUUGUCCCUAUAUUGAAGCAUUAAUCAUGGAGCUAGAUAUUCAGAUCUAUUUGUCAGUUCGCUUUUUCAACUUCAUAAUGUUCACUGUCAUCGCUAAGGGAGUCAGUCCACUUGUAUAUGGGCUAAGGGACGAAAAAUUUUAUCAUACAUUACAUUGCUACAUCAAAUGUAGACAAAAUCAUAUUUCAUGUGAAAGCAGAGUCCCAGUCGCAAAGCAAAAUAAUAAGCAAUAA